CCACCACCACCCCCACCACCCCAUGCCUUUGUGUGUGUGUGCGCGUGUGUGUAUGUGUGUGUGAGAAGCUGACUGCGUACGCGUAAAAGCGGAUGCUGUGCGUAUACAAACCAGCUUUAUUUCCUAUUUCCUAUACGCUUCUCAUUUAGCGGUUCUUGCGCAUCUUUUUUUUUUUUUUUUUUUGUGCGUGUGUUCCGAACUGAAGGAAACCUGCAGGUGCAAGUGAAUGGGAGGAACCGGGAGGACGCACGUGAAUCUCUCCACUCUCAUCCCGAAAGCCAGGAAAUAGAAAGGAACGAAGAGGGACGCGUAACCAGCAAGUGCGGCAAAUUGGACUUUCCACCAUCAGCAUCUCUCUCUCUCUCUCGCCAUCCCUGCUUUCUUUCUUUUUUCCCCUCGUGGAUGUCUCCCCACUUACUCCCAUCAGCCCUCCUUCCGAGAGCAGCCACACGCCGGAGCGCUCUCUAAAUAUUAGAGGCAGAGAGAGGGGUGCUUUCUUUUUUUUAUCCUCCUCUCCUUUUUUUGGGAUUUCGGGGGUGACUUGAGAAAAGAUGGAUUAAAGGGGACGGUGCGCCGCAAAACUGGAGCAGCACGCACGACCGCGCCGGGGGGGAAGGGGGCGACGGGAUUCGGUGAAUUCGCGGAGCCCCCGGGACAGAGGCUGUGACUGGUCCCACCCCAAGAUGACGUCCCCCAAAAACAAAGCCAAGAAGAAGCCGCCCAAAGACAGCAUGACGCUGCUGCCGUGCUUUUAUUUUGUAGAGCUCCCUAUCGUCCUGUCCUCCUUGGUGUCCCUGUACUUCUUGGAGCUGACAGAUGUUUUGUCCCCGGCAAUGGUGGGCUUCCGUUGCCAUGACCGCGAUCUCUCCAUGCCCUAUGUGGAGACGGGCGAUGAGCUCAUCCCUCUUUUGAUGCUGCUGAGUUUGGCCUUUGCUGGUCCCGCAGCGUCCAUCAUGAUGGGGGAGGGCCUGAUGUACUGUAUGCAGUCCAAAAUGAAGACUUGUCCCAAGUCGGAGGGCAGUAUAAAUGCCGGAGGCUGCAGCUUCAACUCCUUCCUACGCAGAACUGUGCGCUUCGUCGGUGUUCAUGUGUUCGGUCUCCUGGCAACAGCCCUGGUGACAGAUGUCAUCCAGUUAGCUACCGGUUACCACGCCCCUUUCUUCCUCACCGUCUGUCAGCCCAACUACACGGCCCCGGGAGUGUCAUGUGACAAUAACGCUUACAUCACACAGGACAUCUGCAUGGGGAAAGAUCAGUAUGCUAUUAUGUCAGCGAGGAAAACAUUUCCAUCCCAGCAUGCAACGCUCUCUGGCUUCGCUGCUGUAUAUAUCUCUAUGUAUUUCAACGCCAGCAUCAACAGCACGACGAAGCUGCUGAAGCCACUGCUGGUGUUUGCUUUCUGCAUGGCGGCGGGCCUCGCUGGCCUGACGCAGAUAACUCAGCACCGCAGUCAUCCCAUAGACGUCUACGUGGGGUACCUGAUAGGAGCCGGCGUCGGAGUCUACCUGGCUGUAUACGCUGUGGGAAACUUCAAAGCGUCAGAGGAAGAUGCUCCCACCUUACAGAGACUGGCUCUGUCCCAGCAGAAGGACGGUCUGAGGGUGUUGAGCCAACGGAGCCACGAUUCGCUGUACAGAAAAACUCCACGGGUGUCCGAGAGCAGGGAGGAGCUCGGGGCUGGGUUGGGGUCAGGAGCUCGAAGUAAGGUAAGGAGGGAGAAGGCGUCUCUGGCCUCCCUCAAACGAGCCAGCGCUGACGUGGAGCUCCUGGCAACCCGUGGCCCCAUGGGCAAGGAAACCAUGGUAACCUUCAGCAACACUUUGCCCCGGGUUGCAAACGGCAACAGCCCCAUUUCUCCUUCAGAGGAGCCAAUCGCAACCCAGCGCCACAUGACCUUCCACGUGCCCUUUGACCCCCAGAGGUCUCGGCAGCUUGUGUCGGAGUGGAAGCAGCGCUCGGUGGAGCUCCGCAGCCAGAGCUCCCGAGACGAGGAGGAGGGGACGGACAGGGGAGGCGAAGAAGGAGAAGGAGGCGACCAGGGGAUGCCGUCGUCUCUUUACCCCACGGUGCAGGCCAACAACAGCACGGCCACGCCGACCGCACCCAGGAUGGUUGUGGCGCCACCGCUCAUUCACAUCCCAGAGGAGGCUUCCCGGCCGCCGCCCGUCUCCCCGAAGAGUGCCAAGACUCGAGCCAAGUGGUUGUCGCUCACAGAGGGAGGAGUGAAGGAGCCUGGAGUAGGGCCCAUCGCUGUGUCGACUCCCAGGGUGCCCAACACUCAACCCAACCAGCCUCCCAGCCAACAGAGAGUCACCCAGGUCAUAGCCAUGUCCAAGCAGCAAGGUCACGGUCAGGUCAAUUUAUCUACCAAGACAUCUGAGGGUGGCUCCUCCUCCGGUGGUGGCUCCAACUGCUCUGAGUCACCGUAUUAUCGGAUCCCAUCUGAUCGAGACAGCUGCACUGGGAGCAACCCAGGGAGCAUCGCUGGCAGUGGGAGCAUCGUCACCAUCGACGCUCACGCCCCCCACCACCCGGUGGUGCGUGUCUCGGCCAGCAACGGCAAGCCGUGGGAGUGGAGGAACACCAUCAGCGGCAACAUGAUGACGGCCGACCCGGCGGGCGACAAGCACCGCACAGCGCUGCAGCGGCAGGACAAUGUGAGCCACUACCGGGACUACCGGACGCUGCCGGUGAAAACGGACUCGCUCUGCUCCUCCUCGGCCAGCGGCAGCGCAGAGGGCGGAGCCGAGCUGCCUCCCCCGCCGCUCCCCACCUCCUCCUCCCCUCUCCCUCCCCCACCACAGCUGCUGUCAUCCCCUCUCCCGCCGCCGCCCCCGCACUCGUCCUCGUCCCCCCUGCCUCCCCCUCCACACCCCAGCAGCUCCUCUCCGAUGCCUCCGCCUCCCCUCCACCCUGCCUCCUCUCACAUGCCCCCACCUCCUCACCCGUCCUCUCAGAUGUCCCCGCCGCCCCUCCCGCCAUCCUCCCAAAUGCCCCUGCCUCCUCACCCGUCCCCCUCCCAAAUGCCGCCUCCUCACCCGUCCUCCUCCCAAAUGCCGCCACCUCCUCACCCGUCCUCACAAAUGCACCUACCUCCACAUCCCUCCUCUUCCCCUUUGCCUCCUCCACCUCAUCCCUCCUCCUCCAUGCCCCUGCCUCCUCACCCGUCUUGCUCCAGCAUGCUCCCUCCCCCCCACCCUGAUUUAUUGAUAGACAGCCACAGCCAGGCGUUGUCCCGCUCCGGCACGCUGCCCCGCCGGCCGUCCGUGUCCGCCCGCAGCCAUGCCGAGCAGGAGCACUACUACAAGGCCAUGCAGAACGAAAGGAUGUUAUAGUGAAGCUGAAAGGCGCCGGACAUCUUUGUAAUAUCAGAGAUUGUACUUAGGAAGACUCUGCUGAAAAAGGACAGUGAAACAAAGUAGGUUGUGGCAGGUGAAUGGAGAUUUAUUACAUUUGGAAACGGUUUAGAGACCCUGAAUCCAGCAGUGACUUUGGGAAUGUCUGGCAGCUUGUGGACUCGGCGGGGGAGCUGCUUUUCCCUGCUCAUACAUACUGCCCACAGCGCCAGCUCAACAGCCCUGACUGGAAAAAAGAACAGACAAGAGAAGAAAGAGAAGCAAGGUGAAGAAUUAUAAAACCCUACUUCACCUCUGGUUUCAGCACGCACAUCCUCUGUGUUUCUUUAAGAUGAAUUCAAAGAGGGAACGAAGAAGCUGCAGCUGAAAGAGAGAGAUCACAAUGAACGGCCUGGGAUUUGCUCAAUCACGUUUCCCUUGACGUGGGGGAUAAAACAGAGAAAACGAAACAACUAUAGGCAAUACUAGCUCUUCUUAAACUCCGCGCAGCUGUUUGAGGUUGCCAUUGAAUUACACAACAGAGAAUUUACUCUUGUAAAGCUCUUGUUUCAAAGCACCCAACAGCUGCGGAAAGCGGGAAAGGAUGCAGUAAGGUCAAGUUCAACCACAGGUUCAAGAGCAUUAGCCACGACUUGCAGAAGGAUGAGUGCUUUUACCCCUCGAAAAACACACCAAAUGGGGAAUUUUAUGUUUGACGCACGCGAAAUACACAAGCAAAUGUGUCAGUAUCCACCAGAGAGAGGCAGCUUAGGAAGCAUCGCUUGUGGAUGGGGAGUGAGAAGAAGGAGAAGGAGGAGGGGAGUAAGGAGGAUCAUGCACAGUUGGACACCCCUAUACAGACGUCACUGAAUGGAUUACCGUUGUAAACAUGAGAGGCGGUGGAACGGAAAGAGAAUUGUUUCUAAAACGAAGAGGGUUUCUGGGCCUCGCAGCACAGCGAGCCAGGCUGACGGUCUUGUCUUCGCUGCGUGCAAAAACCUGCCGCGGAACGGAGGUUGAAGCCGCGCUAAGGAGAUUAACGUUUGUUUAUCAAACCAUGCUAGCACACCCUUCGCUUUUUUGGUCCCUCUGGCAAACCACAAUAGUGACGAGAAUGUUUAUGGAAAGCUUCCAGGCAAGUGGCGCGGCACAAAAUAAUGGCUAAAGCCGGUGCUGGUUGGACGCGGCUUCAUAGAUGAGUAAUAAAACAUGAAGAGCAACUUUGGAAUUGUCAGGUUGUAAAAAAAAAAAGAUCUUUCAAUGGUGUGUAUCCAUGCUUUUUUAAUCUAGCUUUCUGGAUUAUCAGAAAGACCUCUGCAGGAAAUUUAUUUAUUCACAACUUGGUAAUAUGUACAAUUCCAGACUCCAUCCAUCCAUGAAUUGAUUAUUUAUAAUCAUUUAUGUGUUGCAGGAUCAGGACAGAUUGCCAGUCUAUCACUGAUCAACCCUUUAUUAAAGCUGCUGUCCGGAGUUUGAAUCGCAGCGUCUCCCAAAACACUGGUGGUCCCACCCUCCGUCCCUCUGAUUUCGCACUUUUAUUUGUGCACGCGCACAGUGCAUGAGAGGAGUGCCCGGAGUGCUGCAGCAUCUUGCCUGUUUUGCUGUUUUCCCCUCUUCUACAUUUAGUACAUUUAGUAAAUAAUAAAGGAAUUACGUUAGAAUUCUGUAUUGAGUCUAACUUGUCCUAAUACCAAAAUAACAUGAAUCUGCUAGGACGAACGAGUAAAGUUUCAAUAUGUGAUUACACUCGUGUAUCCCUCUCGAUGGCGUUGUUUAUCAAACUUAGUGCAUUUACGCGUGUAUAUGUGUUACAUUGUUUAUUUAUUUCUAUCUAGAGUUCAGAAUUGCAUGACUCCUCUGACGAAGAGUAUGUCCCAGACGCCCCAACAUCUUCCUCCAGAGGUCGGGCAUCUAAACGAAGCCGUCAGGCGGGCUAUGGAGGCCGUGGUCGGGGAGCGACGCGAGCACCCCGAGCCAAAAAACGUCCUGCAGUCUCUUGGCCUGACAAGCCGUGGGAUUGGUAACUUUUCUGGAAAUUGCUGAGCCCUGAUGCUCUCUCCUCCACAAGCAAAACAAAUGUGCACGCGGUUGCAUAGUGCGGAGCUCUCCCACACCUCUGCAUGGGCUUGCUUGCUGUGCGCGUAACUGUUGAUUGACAGCAUGACAAAGCUGAAGCUCGAACUUGAUUGGUCGGCAGCAACCGGCGCUUUUUGGAAUAACAUGGGGGUCUAUGAGAGGAAGGCGGAGCUCAGGAAUAAAUUUUCAUAUCGCGUUAUACUAACUUUAUAUUAUAGUAUCGAACUAGACUAACACAUUUAAGCUUUGUUAAAAGAUGAUACAUAAAUUGAAAACAAACGGAAACUCCGGACAGCAGCUUUAAGUUUGCCUUAAGUGAAAUUUUUUUGUUUUCAAAAAUGAAAUAAAUCCAUAGUUUGUUCUUAAAAUUAAUGAAAACAACCAACCAAUGCCAUGUCAGAGCAUCAGAAUUUUUAAAAAGUCUCAAUUCAAGGUUCACUUGCCCACUUGUUUAAGUGCUGUUAAACCACUUUAGCAAGUGUAUUUUGCUCAGUUGCCACAGAAUUGUAGCUGUUCAUACAGACGAUGGCCAAAAUACAGCUGCUGAUGACAAGGAAAACAAAGAAAAACAACAGAACGCUCCAAAACAACCGAGUAAGUGGGUUUGGACAUGAGAUAAUAUUGUGAAUUGUGAACCAAAAAAAAUCUUUAAAUUUAGUCCUGUGAUUAUGCAAAAAUGCUAUCUGUGAAACAUCAGAAAUGUUUUAAAAAACAUUUCUGAUACAGAUUAAUUGAGUUCAGUCAUUUAUCAAGCAAAAAUGGCAAAAAAUUUAGAAUUUUGGUGUUGAAAACUUGCGCAAAUAGCAUCGAUCAUGUUGCCAAUUAGUUAAAUAUUCUGAAAAUCAAUCAUUUUACCCCUAUAUUGUACUCUAAGUGGGGACAAUCUGGUGUUCUUCCUGCUCACCCAUUUCUCUUGUGUGUAUUGACACUCCGUUGUACAAAGCUGUUUUCAGGUACCUCUCAUUCUUCUGUCAGAAGAUAUCUUCUCUAAGGACAAGUGCUUUAUUUUCGACCAUAAUUUUGAUCAUAUGUUGAUAAAAAUACAGACUCAAACGCUCAGAUGAAGUUCCACCAAGGCGCCUAAACAUCACGAAGGACACGUGAACAGAUUUUUGUAAAGUCGUGCUCGGAAGAGGCUGUGGAACAAGUUGUAUUUUGUAGUGGCGCUCCUUCCACAGGGAGCUGGUAGAUAAAGUUUCUCGUCAGUUUGUGCUGCAUGUGUGUACGAGUGUUUUUUUUAUUAACUUCUGUGCUUCGAGCCUGCACCGUCAGGCGGACACGCUGGUGAUUAUCGUACUUUUUGCCCCCUUUGACUGUAAAAAAUACUUCUCUAAUAUUAUUAAUACUGUUAUUAUUAUUCCACAGUCCUCUUUUUUUAAUGGACUAAUGUUUUCUAUCUGUGGUGAUGUGUAACAUUAAUAACCUUCUUGAAUAAAAAAAAACAAAA